CGAGAAAAUACGGUCAAUUUGAGCACUGGUUUGACAGGUUUAUCGUUUUAUUUUUUUUUUUUUGAUGCCUGUUGUCUUUUUGAUUUUAUAUUUCAUUGCUGAUUAAUAAUAGUUUUGGGAUUUUUUUUUGUCUUUUGAUUGCAACACACAAAUCAAAACCGUUGACAAAUAUAAAUCUUUUUUUUUCUCAAUUAAAGCCAUUUCGAUUUGUAACUUGGCAACUAUGGUCAACUUUACGGAAGAUCAAAUUCUUGAAUUUCAAGAGGCAUUCUAUUUGUUUGAUAAUAAAGGUGAUGGUAAAAUAAACGUUUCACAAUUAGGCGAUGUAUUGAGAGCAUUGGGACAGAAUCCCACCGAAAAUGAUGUAAAAAAAUGUUCCAGUCAAUUGAAACCCGAUGAACGAAUUGGAUUCGAAGUUUUUCUGCCCAUACUACAGACAAUAUCAAAAUCAAGAUCAACGGAUACGGCCGAAGAUUUUAUUGAAGGAUUACGACAUUUUGAUAAAGAUGGAAGUGGUUACAUUUCAUCAGCUGAACUUCGACAUUUACUCACAACAUUGGGCGAAAAACUGACCGACGAUGAAGUUGAACAGCUAUUGGCCGGCCAAGAAGAUAAUCAUGGUAAUAUUCAUUAUGAAGAAUUUGUACGGCAUAUUAUGAGUGGUUGAUUAAAAAUCAUUUUAUCCUUCUUCAUUCACAUUAUAAAAAUUUAGACAUAUAUUUAUUAUUAAA